AUUAGAUAGGUAUGACUCCUUCGUAAAUGGUAUUUUCCGUCAAAUCGAAACCAUUACAUGCUGUCACUAUCAGUGGGCCUGGCGGUUAGCCAAGUCUACUGGAGUUAAGUUGUGGAAAUAUCGCCAUUCCGGGCCGGGAGCGCGGACCAACCCCGCCCGAGUUUCAGUGUUCCUCCAAAGGGCAGGUCGCGAUCUCAUCCCACAGGUAUUCAAAAGAGCCAAAUGUGAUACAUCGGUUCAUUAAUAUUUCCAAAUGUAACCUGGAACUUCUCCUCUCACAAAACACAAUAACAAACAACUUUCUCUUCCACGACACACAGACGAUGGCGUCUCUUGCAGGGCGGCUCCUCGGGCUGGCUUCUUUGGCUUCAGCCUUUGUCAGUCGAGACGGGACCGGCCGUCUCCCAGCUAUGGGAUGGAACUCCUGGAACGAGUACGAAUGCAACAUCAGCGAGGGAGUCUUCAUCACCGUGGCCAGGCAGUUGGUUGACUUGGGGCUCAAGGACCUCGGCUAUGAAUACGUCAACAUUGAUGAUUGCUGGAGCGACAAAGAACUAAGACGUGACGCAACGACCGGCGAGUUGAUACCCGACGCCGAGAAAUUCCCUCGGGGCAUUGUCAAGGUGGCAGAGGAGGUCCACUCACUGGGGCUGAAGUUGGGCAUCUACAGUGAUGCAGGCACCGAUACAUGUGGUGGUUACGCAGGAUCACUCGGGUAUGAAGAACUGGAUGCUGCAACAUUCAGCAAAUGGGGCAUUGACUCAGAGGGCCAAGAUCUCAAGUACGACAACUGCAAUGUGCCGCCCGAAUGGGCUGAUGAAUACGAGUACAUCCCUGAGGAACCAGCCAACAAUGCCCCCCCUGGCUAUGACUGGGGGACAUCCAACACCGCUAAACGCUACCGUGUUAUGCAUGACGCCCUCCAAAGACAGAACCGCACCAUCCAAUACUCACUCUGCGCCUGGGGCCACGCACACGUCGAGCGCUGGGGUAACAGCACCGGUCAUUCGUGGAGAAUGUGGGGAGACAUCUUCCCCGCGUGGAAGGGCAAAGAGAAAUGGAGUUGGGGACUGAUGCCGAUUGUCAACCAGGCAUCACUGCUGUGGAACUAUACUGAUUUCGGAAGCCACAAUGACUGGGACAUGCUCGAGGUUGGCAAUGGGGACCUGACGAUCGAGGAGAACCGCAGCCACUUUGCUCUUUGGUGUGCUUUGAAAAGCGCGCUUAUCGUCGGAACCCCCCUGGAUACAUUGGCGUUGAGAAAGCCCAUUCUCGAUAUUCUUUCAAACAAGGAGCUGAUCGACUUCAACCAAGACCCGGUUUAUGGUGCUUCGGCCAUGCCCUACAAAUGGGGCAACGACAGGCCCGCCAAUACGUCGGACAGGGACCAUCCGGCUGCUUUUUGGGUGGGUACAUCGGUCAAGGGGAUCCAUGUUUUCCUGCUCAAUACACGUGACACGGCUGUAAACAUGCGGGCUGUCUUUGCCGAGAUCCCACCGUUGAAGUCUGGGGGCAAGGGUUAUUUGGUACACGACAUGUGGACAGGGGAGGAUCUCGGGAUCUUUAGGAAGUAUUUUGAGUUGGAAGUCAAGGCGCAUGAUACUGCCGCGCUGACAAUUACCAAGGCUGAUGGGAAACAUCCUAAUCCUCGGUGGUCCCCAAAAUAAGGGAUGAGCCAAUGUGGCGCAGGCUCCCUUUCUGCCGAGGAAGAAAUGGGUUGUCGCCAUUUUAACGCUACACAGGUUCUGUAGUUGCCAGUCCACCUAUAACACAGCCUCUUGUUACAUGCUCCGUUACGCUAGAGGCCUUGAUGACAUUGCAGAUUGGUUUAAGAAUAUUAUCAAGGACGUCUAUAUCAUAUCUCAAAAAACUUACACCAUCUUUGAAGGCCUUGCCACUAUCUUCAUAGGCCUUUCUACUAUCUUUAUAGGCCUUGUGCAGUCUUUGUAGGUCUUUGGCCUAUCCUCACAGGAAUUCUCACUAUCUUUCAAUACAUUUCCGCCAUGUUCCAAGACCUCUCGUCCUCGUCCUCUUCACCUCCGUCUUCACCAAUUGUUCAUACCUUUUCCG